AUGGCGGAUAUGAACCUCGAGAAAUUUCUUCUUUUUCAGCUGCAUCAAUAUGGGAUAACAGAAUUACUCCAGGAAGCUGCUAAUCUUGCUAAUGCUCUAGACUACCUGCAUAACCGACUUCAGGCUGGGGAUCAAGUAUAUUUCUAUCAUAGGGACCUCAAGCCCUCCAAAAUCUUAAUAUAUUCUACAUCCCCUUCCUCGGAAUAUCAUCGGGUGGGGAGAUGGAAAAUCACGGAUUUCGAUCUUUCUGUUGUCAAGAAACCAGAAGGCCAUCUAGCUGUCAGGGGAUUCGUGACUCGUACGACCGAUCAGCAAUCGUGGAUACCAGGGCCUUACCAGGCACCUGAGGUUUGUGUCAACGAUGGAGCAGACUUUCGAAGUAAUAUCUGGUCCUUCGGUUGCAUCCUAGUCCGUUUGCUGUCUUCCAAGCUAGACGGGGCCCGGGGGCUUAUGUGGUUAGAUGAGCUCCGGUGUAAAGAUGUCGACAAGGUCUCGGCCUACGAGCAUGAUUACUUCUACAGAGGAGAUCCUCCUAAUCUCAACCCGCAUAUCAAAGAAUGGAUCAACGACCUACCUCGCCGAACUGACGGAUAUAACGAGGAAUUUCUGAGUUGCUGCAGGGACUUUCUUCUGUCGACACUUAAGGUCGACAAGUACGAACGAUCAUCUGCAGAGUCAGUCGCAAGGCAACUGCAGCAAUUGACCAAACUUCUUAUGCCACGGCCUGGUCCUUUAUUCGACCCAGAAGUAUAUCCAAAUGACUCGGUGUACGAUGAGUCAUCGAGACAUCUCCUUCACACUUCUGGAAUCUCAGGCCAGGUCGUUACGGAAGACCCUACUUUCUGUGGAUACACUCCAGGCCCUCAACCAGUGACGGGAUCGAAAUCAGCAUCUGAAUGCUGUCCACACAACCCAAAACACAAAGCCCAUGUGGCUCAGCCUGCAGAUAGAUGGGAUUGGGUGGAGAAACUCCAAACCUUUGGAUACAAUGCCCAGGAAAUAAACGACAUUCUUCUAGAGAGGGCUCGCGAUGCGCCGUGGAUAUAUUUUGAGCCUGAAAAAUUUUAUAUCCCCCUUAUGAGCACUACUCAUCAUAUUCGUAGGUGCUGUCACUUUCUAGGAGAACGCCGUCAACAAGGAUCGACAUCCGACUCAAUGGAUACUUUGCAAACGGGCAUUGACCUAGCGGUCGAUAGCUAUGAAACUGUGAAGGCGGUCGAGGAGCUCUGCGGUAUAUGUGGCAUAAGUCCAAAAACUCGAAUAACAACCGAUUGGUUGGGCUCGGCAUCGUUUACUGAAGGCAACACUGCUAUGGCAGUGACAUAUUCGCUGCCGACUGACAAAUGCCACGAAACCAGAGCCAGCACUAUUAUCGGGCGAAUAUCUGGAGCUCUUAAGAGCUUUCAGGAUGCCGCCAGUCUCUUACAAUUGAGAGGCCUUUGCUGUGACUCGUUUACAGUUAUUCGACACGGAGGAUGGCGUAGCGAACUGGAUGGGGUAGCCGCUGGGGAGGUCGUUUCACUGGGCUUCCAUCUAGUAGCUAAUCUUGCUCAGGCAUUGGAACAGUCAAUGGGAAAAAAUACACCCUCCCCGCGUCAAAUUCUCUCGGCAUCUAGUGCAAUUCUAAGACUGAUUUGUCCCGAGUUUGAGGUGGCUCAUGGCAGAAGCGACAUGGGAGCCUCCCUCCACCUGGGUGCGUUAGCAGUUCAAUUUCUCUGUCUGGGAUUCAUGUCCUAUGUACAAGCACAUAUUGGUCCUCUUGAACCAUUUUUCUUGGAUACGCCUAUAAGUCGGGUGGUGUUAUUGGGGCUUGAUGAAGACAAUAAAUACCCCAAGCUGGUAGCAAAACUUGUCGACAUCACUUGCUUGGGUGAUAUGACUCGCGGGCCUGUUUGGAUGUUCUUUAGACACCGAAAUUCGGAGGGAAAUCAGGACUUCAAGAGGCCCUAUCACAGCGACAAAUAG